AUGCGUCUCGCUUCACAAUCAGCACUUGUGGCGUUGGCCACUGCGGGCCACGCCGCAGUCAUUUCCCCCAGCCGGACUUCCUCCGUUCCGGAGUACUUCCAGACCAGCUUUGGCCCGUGGGCUGGCCCUACAGAAGCGGGAGCGCCUCCUUUCCUGGCGCAGACCAAUCCUGCGCCGUUUGGAAACCCAACAUAUGUCCCCAACACACCGGUAGUCACCGAUGUGCCGAUCCCUGGCCGCUCGGAUGGUGCCGAAAUCUUCAAGCUUAUGGGGAAUCUUUCCCCGUACAUGCCGAAUCCUUCUGGAUUUGGCGUGAACGAGUACCCGCUCCCAGCCGGGGCUAAUAUCACCCAAAUGCACAUGAUCCAUCGCCAUGGCUCUCGAUAUCCUACCACUGGUAACGCAGUAGCCAGUCUGCAGGACCGCGUCUCCGAGCUUUUGCAGGGAGGAACCAAGUUUAAGGGAGAUCUGGAGUUCCUAAACAGCUGGAGAUACGAACUCGGAAAAGAGGAGCUGACGGCUCUGGGUCGUCAACAGCUCUUCGACAGCGGUGUACUGAACUGGUUCAACUAUGGACGACUAUAUGAUCCGUCCAAGCCGCUAAUUGCCCGCACCACCACCCAGGUGCGGAUGCUGCAGUCGGCAGAAAAUUGGCUGAACGGGUUUUUCGGUCCUGACUGGACAAAGAACGUGACUUUGGAGGUUCUCAUCGAAGCGAAUGGGUUCAACAACUCCCUGGCAGGGGACAAGCAGUGCGUCAACUCCAAGAACGAUCGGUCAUCGGCCGGGGAUACUGCAUCGAGCGAAUGGCAGAAGAUCUAUCUGAAGAACGCAACCGAGCGGUUCCGCCGCUCCAUGACGGGCCAUGCCAACUGGACCGUGGACGACACCUAUAACGCGCAGACCAUGUGCCCCUAUGAGACUGUCGGGCUCGGCUACAGCUCGUUUUGCUCCUUGUUCACGUACGAGGAGUGGCUCGGUUUUGAGUACAGCCUCGAUCUGAGCUACUACGGAAGCAAUUCUUUCGGCUCCCCUACUGGCCGAGCAGUCGGGGUGGGGUACGUGGAGGAGCUCGUUGCCCGACUGCAGAGGCAUUUCCCCCAGCCGGCCGAGGGCUCUGUGGCCAUCAACGAGACCCUGGAUGACAGCGCGACCACUUUCCCCCUCGACCAGUCUCUGUACCUGGACUUCAGCCAUGACACUGACAUCAUGUCUAUGUUGACAGCCAUGGGUCUUACGCAGUUUGCACAGUUCCUUCCUAUCAGUGGACCGCCCAAAGACCAACAGCUGAUUGUCAGCCACAUUGUGCCGUUUGCAGGCCGGUUCAACAUCGAGGUGAUCAAGGCGCCUCAGCCGGUCCGUGCGAAACGGCCGCAGAAUGCUCAUGCGUCAGCCUACGAGUCUGGGGAGGAAACGACCUAUGUCCAUAUGUUGAUGAAUCAGAGAACCAUUCCCCUCGGAAGGAGUCUGAAGGAGUGUGGUGAUCGUGAUGACGGGUGGUGCGAGCUGCAGACAUUUGUCAGUGCUCUGAAGGAGAACAUUCCCAAGGCCAAGUUUGAUGAGAGCUGCUACGGCAACUAUUCUGUCCCUGCGUAUGGGGAUAUCACUGAUGGCGCUAUUUGA